AUUGUCUCAGUUAUUGUUCUUUUUGAAAUAGGUUAUGCUUGGCUCUGGAGACCGUCAAACUGAAAACUGGAUGAGAUCAACAGAGUUCAACUACAAAGAAAAGUUUCGAGGAUGGGUUGGAUUUAAUAUUCCAGUUUCUCACAGGAUAACUGCUGGGUGUGAUAUGUUACUGAUGCCAUCAAGAUUUGAACCUUGCGGACUAAAUCAGUUGUAUGCCAUGAGAUAUGCAACUGUGCCAGUUGUACACAAGACGGGCGGCCUUAGGGACACAGUAGAGAAUUUUGAUCCAUUUGCUGAAAAUGGAAAUGGUCGAGGCACAGGGUGGGCAUUUUCACCUCUUACAAAGGAAAGCAUGCUAACUGCGCUUAGGCUUGCGAUUUCUACAUUUAGGGAGCACAAAGCUUCAUGGGAAGGACUGAUGAAACGUGGGAUGUCCAGAAAUUCUACGUGGGAAAAUGCUGCGUUAAAGUACGAGCAGGUCUUCGAGUGGGCUUUAAUGGAUCCUCCAUAUGUUAAAUAAAUUUAUACUGUAACUUUAUUUUCUUGACAAAUUUUGUUUCAUUAAUAUAUAUAUAUAUAUAUAUAUAUAUAUUCAGUUUGUAUUAUCUGAAAUAAGGAAAGGUUGUAGAAUUUCAAGGAUGUUACACCCUGAAACUAAUUUUGAUUUUUUCAGCAACUGAGGAAAUAACCCUUCUUUAGACAUUUAUUUUCAUAAUUUGUUAUAAAGUUUUCUUUUCGCAA